AAUUAUGUUGUGACAGCAACAUCUCAUUGAUGAGCAAUGAAUAUGCUCACUCGGAGUCAUUUUAUCCGUGCGCGCAUCGAUUCUUUGUUGCAGAGCGCUGGUGAUUAGACAUGGAAGCCGCUGAGACAGAUCGGGAGCACUAUAAUUCUGACCCACAUGCCAUGGAGGAUCUUCAAAAGAUAGAGAAAUUUGUUGCGACUCUCUCAUAUGGCAAAGAUUUAUUCCCAUCUACUCGAAGUUUGUUAUCGUACUCGUUUGGAAAACGCAGUAUAUCUGAGAUGUUUCGCUCUAGUAUGACAAAUCCCGACUACGCGGAUAAAUGCAGAAAAAUGUCCAAAAUUAUCUGCAGUGCCGCUGUGGAUGCGAUUACCUCUUCAGACUUGCAGAGUGGGUUAUCCAAAGAGAACGACGAACUCGAGUCACUAUUGUUUUUCUGGGAGGUGUAUCAGAUCAGAGAAGUUCAAAACCUACUCGAGUCUGAAGACGUGGAAGCUUUGGAAGAUGCAAUAAAUAGGAUUAGUCGACUAGUGCACAAAAGUGAUGUGGACAAAAGUGUUCUAUCCAAGCUGCCUGCUUCAUUUCUUACCCAUUUGAAUGUCGAAGCUUGUAAUGCAAAUUUGCCACUGUUUCGCAGGGAUCUGACAGAGCAGAGCAGUGCUUCGGAGCAUGAAGCUAAUAUCUCACCUGUGCAGGCUUUUAUCAUGCGAUUUGAAAAAGAGCUGGAGAAGAUGCGAGUGGGAGACACAGACAUGGAUUCUCUGAAGGAACUGGGCACUCUGAAGUUGAACGAGAACAUAUCAUCAAAAGAUGCCAGACAGCUUAGCGAGAAGAUAGUUUCCGUUACGCUGAUAGCUGAGCGGUCCCCCGAAUUAGGACAAGCACUUUUCGCUUCAUUGGAGAACUUCUUCUACAUGCUGUCGGACGAAGCGAAGGCGAUGUUGACAAAGCUCAUGUACGAUAAGCAUGUUUCUGAGACCGAUGACCUACCAUCUUUGGGAGCAUUUUUGCAGGACUACUCUUCCGGUAUCACCCAAUGCAUAAACCAGAUAGGAGAUCAUAAUGAGAUACAAAAUGAUGCUGCAAAGUUCAAAAUUACACGGGACAAGCUGCUAUGGUAUCUGCUCAUGAUUCCGCGGGAAACCGUCAGCAGAUUGUUAAUUCAGAGUCUGGAAGAUAAAAAUAUAGUACCUGGAGUUAUAAAUACGUUGCGUAGUUGUCGUGCAGUCUCUGAAACUGCGAUAGUCUCAGAAAAUAUCUCUGGCGGGCGCGUCCCACUUGUUAUCGACUUGGUUGUGUCCAUCUUCAGUAAUGAGGCACAUAGAUGGACAGUCACCGAACAACAGGAUCGCCUUGUGUAUCUUCUAACCGCUUUAUGUCGUCGGCGACGUACAGCAAAAGAAAAAGCUGAUGGUGCUGCUGCUGAGCAGGUCCCUACAGGCACAAGAGAUGAAUCUGUGGUGGAUGGAGGAAUGUUGCUCAAACUGUUUGUACUGCCCAAUCUUAUGAAAAGAACACAAGAGACUUUGAUGUUGAAAUUGUUACAUAGGUUUAUGCAGUCUGUCGGUACUAAAGAGAUACAUUUCAAUUGGACCACGGGCAUAGGCGAGAAGAGGCCAGAUGCCGUACAAGGACCUGAGCUUGUAUUGCUGGUGGUGGAGCUUUUCAUGGAGUAUGAGUCGAAACGACAACAAGCCUCGUAUAUCUGUCGUAGCAUACUCAAGUGUCUCGGUGAAAAACUCAAAAACGAUGACGUUGUUUUCGCAAAAGACACUAUUGAAUUCGUACUUUUUUCACUGCGACAAUACUAUUGGUGGAUUCGAUACGCCAUAGUGAAUUGGUUCUCACAUACGCUGGAAGAGCCCAAACAACAGAUCCCUACGGGUUUGUACAAAAGCCUCGCGCUUGAGCAACAGGAGCGAUGUGAGCAGAUCUCUGUAGAUUUCUCGUUCUCACCUGCAGAAUGUUUUUUCCGGUCAUUCUUCGAGUUAGCAAUUUUUGAUGUCGGUUUAGCAUCAGAUUUUCUUCAAAAAGGCAUAUCGAUGCAUCCUCGUGACGAGAAUGUCGUUGAGAAGAUGGCGUUGGCGUUGGUAGAAUCAUUGGAACAAACGCAUAGUAGGCAGCCGGUUGCCUCACUAGCACCGUUAUUGCUGGACUUACUGCGGAUUCUUGAUCCUGCUCAAGAGGUUCGAUUCGUUGAAACACUCUGUGAGAGUACAUUUCAUGGCUUAAGGCUCAUUCAACAUAUCCUUUUGAUUGCUACAGCGACCCAGAUAGCAUAUUAUAAGAAUUCUGACAAAGCGCUAAACAACUGCCCAAUUUCUGCGAACAUCAUCACUGAUACUGCCCAUGUAGCCUCGGAACUCCUCCAAGCUUUCUGCGAACUUUCGAAGGCACAUGCGGAGAAGGAGGUAAUAAACCUACGUCGAAGUCGGUAUCCCUUCCCUCCCGAGAUUAAAGAGGAUUACCUACCACCUCCACAAAUUACGAUACGCCGAGAUGAGCGCGUUUACGCUCAGCUAUCUGCUCUUUUCAAUGUCGCUUGUUCGCUUACAAGGAUAGUAGCUCAGCCUCCAUUGUCUCUUCAAGUUUUGAUCAACUGCUUGGCUGAGUUGUUGCUUGAAGUACAAAAAAUGCGGAUCACUCCAGCUCUUGAUGAUCUGCCUCCUGACAAUUACAAGAGCAACGUAGUUUAUGCUUAUGCUCAGCCGUCGCAUACUAAAAAGCAGGAUGGGAUCUCAUCGAACAAAGAAGCUGACCCGUCGCGAGCCAACGGCGCAGCUCUAGAUGCGAAGACAUGUUGCGUUGAGAACGAACUCUUCAAUGCAACGACAUUUCGUGGUAAAGGGAGCCAUGCAGAGGUUUUGGCUACGGCUAGACAAAUUAAUGGUGUUCACAUGAGACAAAAUGCGGAAAAGAGACUGACAAGCAAGGAGAACCCAACGAGCGUUGUGACUCCAUCUACGACGUCUACAGAACAGCGAGAUGGCGCAGGCAAAAGCAUGAAGAAGAAGCGUGGUGCAAAGCGUCGGUAAUUUUUGUAAACUAUCUACGCAAGAUUCUUGUUGAUAGCAGUGCAUAUUGUUCUAGUCUAAAAAUUGCUUUGUUUGAUUGUUUUAUUCUUGCUACUCUGCGUAACUUCUAACGUGUAUUAGGAAGAUCUCCGCUUUUGCUUCAAAUUAUUGUUUUGUUGUCUAGGCAAAUAAAAAAGCU